UCUAUCUCUCUCUCACUUACCAUCUCCUUUUUCAUUGUUGAUUUUGCCCAAAGUACUUUGAAACUUAGGGAUUUUAUACUAUUUCAAACCCUGGGUUUAAAAAAAAUCAAUGUGAAGCGAAUCAAGUUGCCCUCUUUCUCAAUUUCUGGUGUCAUGUAUAUUUAUGUAGAUGCAUUUCCAGUACUGUAAAAUUUGAUAAUCUAUGACCAUGAAAGACAUAAAAUUUUGUGUAAAUUUUGUUGCAGUUGAAUAAUCUUGAGCUUGCUGUCAAUCUUGCCAAAAACGGAAACCUUCCUGGUGCUGAGAAUUUGAUAAGUUAAAAUCCUGUUUCUCAAGUGCUGAGAAUAGUAUUUACGGAAUUUUUGUUGGCACUUGGUUGAGUGUUUGUCCAUUAUUUUUAAAGCAACUUUGUGUUGUUUCAAUAAAGUAGUUUGUCGGUUUUUUUGGGUGCAUUUUAGAUAUCUCUCAAGUGUUUCACUUACUUAAUCCCUUUAAAUCUUUGAUUUAAAAGCAACGCGACACUAUUUUCUUAUGUAAGUUGGUAAUAAGAAAUUACAUGAUGUUUAGAUUUAGGUUGAAAUUUAUUUUCAAAUGCUCAAAGUUUGUCAUAUGCUCUCAAGUGGGGUUUUUUACUUUGUAUCUUAAGAUGUUGUGGAGGCAUUAUGCUUUUCGGAGAUAUGUUAAUGUCAUAGGAUGUUCAAGAGGUAUUUCGCAAGCUAUGUGCUUUGCACUAGGUGCUUCUAGCAUGGUUUCGUUUUUCAAAAUAUGAACUUGAAGUUAUAUGCUGCUUGAAAGGAGAAUCUAAUUGUCAGGUACAAAAGGGGAAGUGAGUUUAACUCACCCUUAUUAAAUUGCCAGUGUUUUGGGAUCAGUUUGGUGGAGAUCAUCAAUUAUCUGUCUUCCUCUGCUGUCUUGUUCAGCUAUAUAUUAUCCUUUUUUAUGUGCUAAAAUUGUAGGAUGGGUGUAGUGUGGAAAAAUGACUUUUUGUUUUGCUUUUUUCUUAAACCUUCAGCUAUAUAUAGUUGUGUUAGUCAUGCAUAUUAGUCAAAUGGUAUUUUUCUAAUUAUAUUUGCCUACCCUUUGUUCCUUUCCUCUUUGUUUUGAGUUGUGUUUGGAUUUGAUAGAAAUAGAAAGAAAAUGGGGGUCUGAUAAAUUGGUAUAAUCUGGUCUGGUUAGUUGGUAUAUGGCUCUAUGUUUAAUGGUUAUAGAGAAAAAGUAUUUUGGUUAAGAGGUGGUGUCCCUUUGAAAAGCAUUUUCUCAUUCUGUAAAUUAAAAUAGUACAAUAUUUUCUUUUGCCCAGACAACCUUCUCAUGCAUGUGAAAAUGAUAUAAAGCAGUAUUGCUCCUCACUGUUCUUUAUUAGUGUAAAAAUAUCUUCUAUUUAUGUUCUGAAAAUGGUGAUUAUGCAAGAACUGAUUGGGGCAUUGAUUUGGCAUUGUGACAACAACAGGAACUAAGGAACUAUCUUCUAUUUUUCAUAGCUCUUGAAGAAUAAGCAUAUAUUCCCUUCUUCAAUAAUUCUUGAGACGGAAACUCCUUAGAGGUCGUUUGGUUAGUGGUGUCGGAGUAAUUAAUCUAAGCAUAAAAUCCUAAUAUAAAAUUGAUAUUAAGAGUAAAAAUGAAAGUUUAUUCUUGUUACAUGCAUUGUUUCCUAAGAGUAUAAAUGUUAAACUAUUAUGAUAAAGUUUUCCUUUUCUUUAUAUAAAUGUGUAGAGCUCUUCCAGAAAUGAAGAUAGAAGUUGACAAUUUUAAAAUACACAGUUUAAUUUUUUUUUUGGUUGUUGACUUGUGUAGUUAUCUUUUAACAAGGACCAUUAAUCAACUAAAAUAUAAGAAAAUAAAUUACAUGAUCAGUAUAUAGUGGUCAAAUCCAAAGUAGUCAUCUUUAUCAAUUUUCAUGUAUAAGGAAUAGUUUAUGAAACAUUGUUUCAUGACGUUUCACUGAGUGAAUAAAAUAAAUUAUUUAUUUAUCUAAUUAUUUUAUCUUGUAGUGUGUAAUAAAUGGAACAAGAUCGUAGAUGGAUGUAUGAUAGAAAUCAUCCUAAUCGUGGGGCGUUGAAGGAAGAAUUUGUAGAAGGUGUUAAAGGAUUUAUUGCUUAUGCAAAAAUACUUCCUGAAUUCCGUAAUGAAGGAACUAUUAGAUGUCCUUGUGCUAAGUGCAAGUGUAUAAAGUUAUUGAUAUCGGAGGAUGUUAAAGUUCAUCUUUACAGAAAGGGGUUUAGAGAAAAUUAUUAUGUGUGGACCGUUCAUGGAGAGAACUACAGUAAUUUAACUGACGUUGACUUUCAGAAUCUUACUGGUUAUGAGAGUAGUACAUUCUUUGAGAAAAAUUAUGAUAAUUCUCAAAUGCAUGAAAUAGUGUCGAAUGCUUUUCGGAUACACCCAGGAGUUCAAUCCUAACAAAAUAUUGAUGAGUCUCCUAAUGAUAAGGCAAAGCACUUUUAUGAAUUAUUAGAGGCAGCUAGUCGUCCACUCUAUAAAGACUCAAUACACUCGGAGUUGUCAGUUGCAGUUACAUUACUAACUAUCAAAUCAGAUUGAAAUAUUUCUCAAGCGGUCAUGAAUGCUAUAAUUGGGCUUAUGCGUGAAGUUAGUUCGAACAUUAACUUACCCGGUGAUUACUAUAAGGCUAAGAAGUUAGUUUCCAAGUUAGGACUUUCCUUAACAAAAAUUAUUUGUUGUGAAAAAGGCUGUAUGUUAUAUUAUAAAGAUGAUGCGGCUCUAGAAGCGUGCAAAUUUUGUGGCUUGUCUCGUUUUAAGAAAGUCACAAGUGCCAAAGCAAAGAAAGUUCCAAUUAAGAGGACGCAUUAUUUACCUAUUAUACCUAGGUUAAAGAGAUUGUAGGCACCAAUGAGCUCCGCUCCUCAUAUGAGAUGACACCAUGAAAAUAGAAGGGCGCCUGGUGUUUUGUGUCAUCCUUCAGAUGGAGAAGCGUGGAAGCAUUUUGAUAGGAUGUAUCCUGACUUCGCUAAUGAACCAAGAAAUGUUAGGUUGGGUUUGUGUGCAGAUUGAUUCACUCCUUUUUCUGUCUCUGCUGCACCAUAUUCUUGUUGGCCUAUUUUUAUUACACCGUAUAAUCUUCCGCCAGAGAUGUGUAUGACAAGUCCAUAUUUGUUCCUAACUGGCAUAGUUCCGGGUCCAAGUAAUCCAAAAAGUUUGAUUGAUGUAUCUUUGCAGCCUUUGAUUGAUAAGCUAAAGUUAUUGUGGCAUGAAGGUGUUGAAACAUACGACAUAUCAACUAAACAAAAUUUUAAAUUGUGUGCCGCUUUGAUGUGGACUAUUAAUGACUUUCCUGCGUAUGGAAUAUUAUCUGGAUGGUCGAUAGCGGGAAAGUUAGCUUGUCCUUGCUGUAUGGAAGACACAAAAGCAUUCACUUUGAAACAUGGAGGUAAGACCACAUGGUUUGACUGUCACCGUCGGUUUUUGCCAAUGGAUCAUGAGUUCAGGAGAAAUACUAGUGCAUUUAUGAAGAAUCAAACUGAUUAUGAUGAGCCACCAGCAACCUUGUCAGGGGAGGAAAUUUGAGAGAGGGUUAAGAAUUUUCCUAAGGUAACAGAGUCUCCAUUGCUUAAAUUACCUGGUUAUGGUGUUGAGCAUAAUUGGACUAAACAGAGCAUAUUUUGGGAGUUACCUUAUUGGAAGCAUAAUCUUCUUUGACAUAACUUGGAUGUCAUGUAUAUUGAAAAGAACUUCUUUGAUAAUCUAUUUCAUACCGUAAUGGAUGACAAGAACAGGACAAAAGAUAAUUUGAAGGCCAGGAUGGACUUACAAGAAUACUGUAGGCGAAGAGAAUUAGAACUACGGCAAGAAAAUAAUAGGAUGGUGAAGCCUAAGGCCAGUUAUUCAUUCAAAAUGGAUGACAAACGAAAGAUCUGUGAUUGGGUUCGAAAUUUGAGAAUACCCGAUGGGUAUGCUUCAAACUUAUCCAAUUGUGUUGGCAUGAAAGAAGGAAAGCUGAUGUAUAUGAAAAGCCAUGAUUGUCACAUUUUCAUGGAAUCAUUACUUCCUAUUGCAUUUAGCGCAUUGCCUGAGAGAAUAUGGAAACCCAUCACAGAGAUAAGCUUAUUUUUCAAAGACCUAUGUUCUAAUACAUUGAGGGAGGAAAAUCUAGUUUUGAUGGAAAGUAACAUCCAUUUAAUGAUAAGCAAAUUGGCAAAAAAAAUUCCAUGUGGGUUUUUUAAUGUAAUGGAACAUCUCCCAAUUCAUCUUGUAAGAGAGGCACGACUUGGAGGGUCUGUUCAAUGUAGAUGGAUGUAUCCAUUUGAGAGCUUUUAUCCUCCCAAGGCUACGAAAGCCGUGGUUGAAUCGAUGUGUUCAUUUUAUCACGCACCAUGGAGGUCUUGGUCAGAAGUUCCAAUUCACAUUAGGGACAGAAUAUUUGUUGAAUUUAGGAUGAAGUGUGCAUGGUCACGCGAUCUUGAAGCUGAGAAAUCUCCGGAAUUUAAGAAGAAAAGCGAACAAGGAAGGGCAGCCCAUUUGUCCAACAAGGGUGGCUCGGUGCACACGGGUGGCUCAAUUAGUAUUGCGGCUCAUCAAAGAAGAUUGGAAAAUGCUAAAGGAAGACUAGUUACUCAUGAUGAGGUAUUUGAGGAAACCCACAUGAAGAAGUUGAAGGAUGGAACAAAACCGACUUGGAUCGAGCCGCGUGCUGAGACAACCCAUGAUAAUUUCAAAUAAAUCUUGGAGGAGUUCAUUCAAAGUCAGCCGAUUGAUGAUCAAGGUAGGCCAAUCCAACCAACCCAAGAGGAGAUCAUGGACAUGUGGAUUAAGCAGCUGGUGGUGUGCAUAAGGGGAAAGUCUACGGUCUUGGAUCAGAGUUUAGUCUCGGCCGUCGUACUUCUGGAUUGUCUGGUACUUAUUCUUCGUCACAUUGCUCGGUUGAUUUGGAUGAGUUUGAGCAAUUGAAUAGGAAGGUAGCAAAGAUUACGGAGUUGUAUCUUCAAGAAAAGGCUGCAAGGGAAGAAGAGGCAAAGCGAAGGGAGGAAGAAGAUAGGCAAAGAGAGGAAGAAAUGAGGCGAAAGGACGAUGCAUUAAGACUUAUCACUAGUGAUGUUAAAAGUCUCAAGUGUCAGAUAAACUCCCUCUUAGUAUCUGGCGCAUUUCCUGUGCCCCGUUCUCCAGCAUCUGAUGAUUACUAAGGAGUAGUUUCUUUUAUUAGCUGUCUUGGAUGGUACUUGGAUGUUGAAUAUUGAAUGUUGAAUUUUUUGAGUUUUUGUUCUACUUUUGAAUUAGUUGGAUUAAUUAUGAAAUGGAUUGAUUAGUUGUUGUUUA